GAGAGAAAAAGAGAGAAAGAUAGAUGAUAAAUGAACAGAAAAGAAAAGAGAUAGUAAAUAAAGGUGCGAAAGAAAGAAAAUAUCGUUUAAAAACUCACAUUUUUCCGCGAUCCGCCGCCAUAGGUCCUGGGAAAGAAUUUGACGUUUCGAACUUAACGAGGCACGUCGUCGUCCUUUCUGGAACUCUUCUCUCCUCUUCCUCCUUCACCCCCGCGAGCUUUCAGGAUGUCACACCUCUAUUGCAACGGACACCGCCAUGCGCGGGGCUAAAACGUCGGGAGGGGAACGUGAACACACCAAAGAAAGGCCCAAUUUGGUCUGCACCAUUGCUGACCUUCAUAGAAGAAAAAUCAUUGAUCUUCGAAGCAAACGAGGAAGAUAACAAUGAAGAGUAUCGUAAAAUAUAUCAGGAAUAUAAAAAUUUGGUAGAUCUCUUACUCGGAUGUUUCAUGGAGGAUAUGGGUAUAACACCGGAACAAUUUGAAUACGCAUGUAACAUUAACAAAAAUACAAAAAUGCCGAUACAAUUUCAACAAAGUUUAUUCGAACAAAUAUGGGCGGCAAACGAGUACGAAAUCUUUAAAAGGAUGAUGAUACAAAAGAAUUUAGAGUUGCAAUUGCAGGCAUUGAACAUGAUAGAACAAAAAUUUGGCCUAACUCCAGCUUCUCUUAUGUACGAAACAGAAGGUUUGCAGGACGAGGAAUUAGUAAUGGAGGAGUUAAUUAAUAAACAUAUUAUGGAGAAUCAAAAGGAAGAACAAGCGAUACCUACGGAAACUUCUCUUGUUGAAGAACACGAACGUCUUGCUAAUGAAUAUCGUAAUGAGAAGACAUUGAUGAAAGAAGCUUUGAGGGCUACGACACGAUCUUCUGAAAAUUCUUCUCUCGAACCAGAGACAAAUACUACUCAUGAGAAUAUCAAAGCUCAAAUUGAAAAAUUAGAAAAAUUGCCGCCAUUGAAAACAUUUCAACCACUUGAACCGAUAUCUUCAACAAAAAUGGAACGAGUUCGGAACAAUACGAAAGAAGAAGAUAUAAAAAGACGGCAAGACUAUCUAAAAGCAAGACGAGACGAAUUGGUAGCCCUAAAGAAAGAAGUACGUAGUCAGCGGCUCGAAAUGAAUGCAACGCGUCCGAGUUCUGCUCGAGUAGUUGCAGAUGCAACGAUAAAAGGAGAGCAGGAAUUAGACAUUGGUCAGUCAUUGGAACCGUCAAUUCUUCAAGUACGUAAAGCUUUAGCGGCACGAUUGAAGGCCGAAGUUGUGCACAAGUGAAGUGAAUAUAUAAUAAUAUAUUUAUCAUUAUUAUACGUAUGUUCCAUUGAUCGUAAUCCGGGCAAAUUGAUUGAUUGAUUGAUUGAUUGAUUGAUUAAUACUCGUAAGACGAUAUGUUUCGUCUUCUUCCGUCUCUUUUUAAAUUUAAAUAUUAAAACCUUUUUUUCUAUCUUUUUUCUUUUCUAUGAGCUUUUUCACCAUUCAAACGAAAAAAUAUAAGACGUAGUUAUACGCAAACAUGUUGUUUCAGUUUAUUCGUAUUAUGAAAGGUUUUAUUUGUAUAUAAAUGCCUAACUUGUUUCAAAUAUAAUACUUGGAUUGCUCAUAAAUUACAUAAAUACUAUGCAUACUACUUCAUUCCUCAGUAUCUCGUUCCCUUUAGCGAUAUAAAUAAAAUUGUUCAAUCGUUUAUCUCGAAGAAUAAAAUUUGUAAUUAUUGCCUACAUGAUCAUAUACGAUCGACAUGUUUUCUUUUUUGUUUUUUUCAAUUAGCCAGAUUAAUAUUUACAAUGGUGUUACAAAAUAUGAGCUAAGAUUAUGUGUUUCACUGAAGAGAAGGUAAAGAUAAUGACGAAAUAUAAAACGUUUUUUUACGAGUAAAUUGAUAAUAAUAAAGAUAAUGCUAUUUAAUUCGCCGAUUGCGCCCGAUUCGAA